UUUAAUUGCGAGUAAUAAUUUGUCAGAGACAAAAAGCAAGUGGGAAACUUAUUGGACAGAACAGUGUUGUAGAUAUGAAGACGUCUGUUGUAUCGGCGUGUUUUACUGUGCUUCUUGCACUUGUUUCAGCAUCGGACGAUCAGGUUAAACAGGGUAAAUUUAUUGGAGAAAAUUUUGAUGAUUACGAAAAUACAGAAUACGAUUACGAAGGUUCAAAUGUAGAUUCUGAAAACAUAACAGCAAGAUUCGAAGAAUUAUCUGGGAAUGCCGAUGGAGUUGAGAUAUUUAUGAAAGCGCUAGAAUUGGCGGUUAUGGAAGGCGAGGAAACCGUGAAAAUACCGAUAGAGAUUGAUCCAGAAGAACACAAUAUUUCACUUCAAGAUGCUCUUGACCGUUCAGAGCAAUUUGUGACUGAACAAUUGGAUGAAGCCCAGAAUCUAAUCUCAAAACUCGGAAGCAAAAUUGAUGAAAUGCAAAUGAAGCAUAAAGAUGAAGGAAUCUACACUGACGAUACAGAAUCAGCAGAUUCUAAUCAAAGAAAUUCUGACGUGGAAAUCCUGAAUACACAGAAAAAUGAAAUUUUGGAAAUCAUCGAAGGUUUGACUGAUGCGUUAGAAGAUUUAAAAGAAUUUCGAGGUAGUUUAGCUGUUGAGGAUCUUUACAGUUACUAUUAUGAUGAAGAUCUUACCGAGGAAUUUGACGAGGAGAACGAUGACAGUUCCUGGAAUUCAGAGGAUUCUUCUGACUCAGAUUUGGGCAAAAACGGCGUAAUCUUGGUUGAAGAAAAUAGUACCAUGUCAUCGACGGAAUAUGAUAAUUUGCCUGAGGUCAGUGAUGGAUUUGAUACAUCGGAAGAUGGCGAAGAAAACAACACACUGUCACAAAUCGAAGAAGCUGAAAUUGAGAAAUAUACUGAAAUUGGUGAAAUUGAAGAGUCAGACUCAUCAGCAACGCCCAGCGCAAGCAACAUUGUUUUAACGGAAGAGUUGAAUAACACUAUUGUCUUGUCCGAUGGAGUCGGAGAUAGUAUUUCAUUGUCUGAAAGCGUUGGGUUAUCGGUUGAUAGCAAUGGGAACGCUGAUUUAAUGGCUGACGACGAUGAAACAUUGUCGUUGUCUACUUCUCCAGACGCAUCAGAAAAUAAUGAAUUGAGAGUUGCUGACUUAGAUGAUCCAUGGAACGGCCCAGUCGACGAGGCAGAUAGUACAAUUUCAUCAAUCGCCUCUUCGGACACAAUGGAUUGGAUCAAUUAUGAAAACGAUGAAAAAUUGAAUUCAUGGGUUUUCUCUACUGAGAACACAUUGACAGGUAGUACAAUUUCAUCAAUCGCCUCUUCGGACACAAUGGAUUGGAUCAAUUAUGAAAACGAUGAAAAAUUAAAUUCAUGGGUUUUCUCUACUGAGAACACAUUGACAGGUAGUACAAUUUCAUCAAUCGCCUCUUCGGACACAAUGGAUUGGAUCAAUUAUGAAAACGAUGAAAAAUUGAAUUCAUGGGUUUUCUCUACUGAGAACACAUUGACAACCGAAAACUGGAAUGACUAUAAUGAAUACGAAGAUGAAAGAGGUAUUAACUAUGAUGAGAACACCGACAUUGACGAUUACUCGUCAUCAACGAUUGCUGCAGGAAUAAUUUCACCAAUUUUCAUUAUUCUUUUAUCAAUUUGUGCAUGCGCACGUUAUAGGCGGGUCAAUACGUAUCGACAUCUUGUUAUUCGUGCUACACCGGUACCUUCUCAAAAGAAAAUAAGCAUCAACAAACCCAAAUCAUACCAAUCCGUUGUUACCGUGUGUGAAAUUGCUCUAAAAUGCAAUAUGGCAAGAGGUUCGCCAACUCCACCUGCCACAAAACUACCAUCGUACUUGAAUGUCGUUUCUAACGAGAUUGAAGCACCUCCGAAAUACGUUGAAAUAAAACGUGAUGCUAAAAAUAACAUGAAAUUUUAAACUUUCCAAGCAUAAUAAAGAAAUUUGAAGUCUCAUCGAAAACGUUAACAUUCAGACCGGGUGUCUAAAAACAUUUCAAUAUUUUAUUCGAUUCGUAGCACGAUGUUUAGCUAUCUAAGAAAUCACCAACAAAGUUUGGUUAAAAGAAAAUAGGAAGUGCCUUUACCUAAAAUCCGUUUAUUGACAGUUUUCAAAAUAUUACGAAGAACUUAUUUUUAAGGCAUUGAAAUCUGGUGAAUUUUAAUAUUAUUUCUUGCUAAUCACUUCUAUAUAAAUUUUGAUCAACGGGGCAAUAUGUGUUAACGCAAUAAACAACAAAAUUUACUGUGAUAAAGUACAAGAUUAAAAUUGAAUAUUACUGCGUGAUGAAAAUAAAAUGUAGUGUUGAACAUGUUUGAUUCUCAUGUCUUGUCUAUUUCGGAAAAUAAAAUAAAAUUAUUGUUAUUGUGCGUGUCUUAUGGUUUGAUGAUUGUUUUUAUCAAAUUACAAGUCGUUGAUGUUGACG